CAAAUUAGUAAUAGCUAUGCUAAAUCUUCAACUAGUUAUAUCGAAUCUUCAACUAGUCAUAUCGAAUCUUCAACAAGUCAGAUUAAAUCUUCAACUAGUUAUAUUGAAUCUUCAACUAGUCAUAUUGAAUGUUCAGCUAAUUAUACCGAAUGUUCAACUAAUUGUAUUGAAUCUUUAACUAAUUGCAUUGAACCUUUAAUUAGUUAUAAUGAAUCUUUAACUAGUUGUACUAAUCAAUCUCUACCUUCAAAAAAGCAGCAUACAAAGAAUUCAUCAAAUAAAAUUUUGGAAUCUACAAAUGAUGAUAAUAAUGAGUGGAUAAAUGAAGUGCCAGCUAUUAAAUAUGAUAAUCGAGAUAUUUAUGAAGAUUAUUCAGCUUCAAAAGUUAAUAAUUAUUCAAAAUCU